CCCUUCACUCCCGGGGCCACUGGACUUUGGAGCAGUUGCCUUUGGGGGAGCCCCUCAGUCCCUCAGUCGCUCCAUCUGCCUCCAGAGCAGGCGUGGCAUGUUGGUCUUCCGUCUCCUGGAUGUGGGGCGAAGGGUAGUAGGUGAAAGGAUGACGUCAACCGCCUCCACACCUGGACCCAGCCUCUCUGAACCAAGAUGUUUUUCUGGAGUGUCUCCGAGCGCUGGCCGGCACAGCUUCCUCCUCAUCUCAAGACUUCUCGGCCUACUGGCCCCUGAGGGAGGGCUGAAAGGGAGUGUUACUGAGUCCUGGGGAGUCCCCAGGACUAGAGAAGCAGAGGUUCUCCAGAAGAUUCUAUCCAGAACCUCCCCGGAACGCCCCCGCCAGGCAGCGAUGCCAGGAUGCCCGUCUCUGCGUCCCUCCACCAGAACGGCAGCCAGGAGCGGCCGGCGAGCCUGACCUCCACGACCUCCUCGUCGGGCUCCUCCCGCGACAGCCGUGGGGCCAUGGAGGAGCCCAGCGGCUCCGAGGCUUUGGCUGAGAACGGGGAGGGCUCCCCGUGUGGCCAGCAUCUCCCCAACAGCAACAACAACUCCAGCGGCUGGCUGCGGGGGUCCCUGUCGCCCUUCAGCAAACGCACGCGGCCGGUGGCGCCUGCGGACAAGUUCGGCUACCUGGGCCGCGUGGUGCGGGAAAUCGUGGAAACGGAGCGCACGUACGUGCGGGACCUGCGUAGCAUCGUGGAGGACUACCUCUUGAAGAUCAUUGAUACACCUGGGCUGCUGAACCCAGAGCAAGUCAGCGCCCUCUUUGGGAACAUAGAAAGCAUCUAUGCACUGAACAGCCAGCUACUCAGAGACCUGGACAGCUGCAACAGUGACCCCGUGGCCGUGGCCAGCUGCUUUGUGGAAAGGAGCCAAGAGUUUGAUAUCUACACUCAGUAUUGCAACAACUACCCCAACUCGGUGGCCGCCCUGACCGAGUGCAUGCAGGACAAGCAGCAGGCCAAGUUCUUCCGGGACCAGCAAGACUUGCUGCAGCAUUCGCUGCCCUUGGGCUCCUAUCUCCUGAAGCCGGUCCAGCGCAUCCUCAAGUACCACCUGCUGCUGCAGGAGAUCGCCAAGCAUUUUGAUGAGGAAGAGGACGGCUUUGAGGUGGUGGAGGAUGCCAUUGACACCAUGACGUGCGUGGCCUGGUACAUCAAUGACAUGAAGAGGAGGCAUGAGCAUGCGGUGCGGCUCCAGGAGAUUCAGUCUCUGCUCCUCAACUGGACGGGGCCAGACCUGACCACCUACGGGGAGCUCGUCCUGGAGGGCACGUUCCGCGUGCACCGUGUGCGCAACGAGAAGACCUUCUUCCUCUUCGACAAAGUGCUGCUCAUCACCAAGAAGCGGGGUGGCCACUUUGUCUACAAGGGCCACAUCCCGUGUUCCUCCUUGAUGCUGAUCGAAAGCACCCGUGAGUCCUUGUGCUUCACCGUCACGCAUUACAAGCACGGCAAACAGCAGUACAACAUCCAGGCCAAAACGGUGGAGGAGAAACGGAAGUGGACUCACCACAUCAAGAGGCUCAUUCUGGACAACCACCAUACCACCAUCCCCCAGAAGGCCAAAGAAGCCAUCUUGGAAAUGGAUUCCUAUUAUCCCAAUCGGUACCGCCACAGCCCUGAGCGCCUGAAGAAGGGCUCCCAGGACGACGUGUUCACCCACAUGCACCAGGGGCGCCGGCAGUCUGAGCCGACCAGACAUCUGUUCAGGCAACUCAGUGAGAAAGCCAGAGCUGCAAGAGUGAAGCACGCGGGCAGUGUUGGCACGCUCCUGGACUUUGGACAGCCCCCCUGUGCUCGGGGCCUGCAGUCGGAGGCCGAAGGGGCUGCCCAGGAGGAGCAGGAGGAGGUGAUGGAGGAGGAGGAGGAGGAGCAGGCCUUUCAGGUCUCUCUGGAGGACCUGGCAGGGCACAAAGGCAGCGAGAAGGGGGCCAGGCCAGAGCCCUCAGGUUCGGAGGAGGAGGAGGAGGAGGAGGAGAGCCUGGCAGUGGCGGAGCAGGUAGCCGACUUUGCCAGCUCCCUGCUGGCCGCCCUCCACUGCUGGCACUAUCGGGCCAACGCUUUACUUUUCUCCCGGGGCGCUAUGGGGAAGGAACGCAGGGAGUCUGAAGACUCCAAGAGCUGCGGGAGGACCAGGAGCCGGUCUCCAACUCCUGAGGAAAAGUGCCUGAACUUUGAGUCUGUCACUUCCCUGCCGGAGGUUGAGCCAGACACCGAGUCUGGGACUGAACAGGAGGUGUUUGCUGCUGUGGAAGGUCCCAGCACCGAAGAGAUGCCCUCAGACACAGAGGCCCCCGAGGUCCUCGAAAUGCAACUUGACCCCCACCAGCUGCUGCUGGGGCUGGAACCCCCCGAUGACAUGGCAGAAUUCAUGGUGGCCGAGAGCACCGAGGACCCUAAGGCCCUGAGCAGUGAGGACGAGGAAGAGGAGGUGGGGGCCCCCCACGAGCCUGAGAGCCUCCUGCCUCCCUCCGUGCUGGACCAGGCCAGCGUCAUUGCCGAGCUGUUCGUCAGCAGUGUCUCUCGGCGGAGCAGCCUGGCCCUGGAGGAUGGCAAGUCCAGUGGCUUCGGGACCCCAAGGCUGACCAGCCGGAGCAGCAGUAUGGUCAGCCUAGAGGAUGGUGAGAAGGGCCCGGCCCCGCGUGGCAGCACCACAGACUCCCUGGGCUCUCAGCUCCUUCCAGAAGCGGACCUCAGUGUGGGGGUGGCCGCAGAGAGCGAACCUUCUGUCAAUGGGAUGGAGGCCCCGGGCCCAGGCUGCCCAGCGGAGCCAGACAGGUCUUCCUGCCCGAAGGAAUCGAAACUUUCCUCCCAAGACCGGCAGUUGCUGGACAGAAUCAAGAGGUACUACGAAAACGCAGAGCACCAAGAUGCAGGCUUUAGUGUCCGGCGCCGGGAGAGCCUCUCCUUCAUCCCCAAAGGGCUUGUGAGAAACUCGGUCUCCAGAAUCAACGGCCUUCGCAAGCCAGACCCGGAGCCGCAGGCUCCACUGGGGCCUAAGAGACAGGUGGGCUCACGGGCAGCCCUCUUUGACUGCCCAGGACCAGGCCAGGCUGGCGCUGGGGACCCAGCUCCUAUCACAGAUGCUGAGUUCCGCCCGUCCUCGGAAAUGGUAAAGAUCUGGGAGGGAAUGGAGUCUCCCAAGGGGAGCCCUCCGAAGGGGCCGGGCCAAGGCCAGGCCAACGGCUUUGACCUGCAUGAGCCCCUGUUUAUCCUGGAGGAGCACGAACUGGCGGCCAUCACCGAGGAGUCGGUGGCUGCCUCCCCAGAGAGCGCUUCCCCCACCGAGCCCCGCAGCCCCACCCACCUGGCCCGGGAGCUGAAGGAGCUGGUGAGGGAGCUGAGCAGUGACCCCCAGGGGAAGCUGGUGACCCCACUGCACCCCCACAUCCUGCAGCUCUCCCACGUGAUGGAUAGCCACGUGAGCGAACGAGUCAAGAACAAGGUCUACCAGCUGGCUCGCCAGUAUAGCCUCCGGAUCAAGAGCAGAUCGGUGACGGCCAGGCCUCCGCUGCAGUGGGAGAAGGAGGCUUCCACCAUCCCCCUGGUGCAGGAGGAGGUUGGAGCACCAUCCGGUGGCACAGGUGUGAGCAAGCCGGGGCCGCCUCUCUCCAACCACGAGCAGCCUGCGGUCCAGGAGCGCAGCCCGCCCAGGCCUGGCUCUUCCAUGGAGAUGUCGCCACGGCAUAUCUCCUUCAGCUCCUCAGCCACCAGUCCAAGGACCACCCCACCAGGGGCCUGGCAUGGCCCCCGAAGCCCCUUCGACACUGAGACCUUCAACUGGCCCGAUGUCCGAGAGCUCUGCUCCAAGUACGCCUCCCGGGACGAGGCACUCCAGACCAAGGGUGGCUGGCCCAGCAAAGUACCAGUCAACCGGAGCCGCUCGCUGCCAGAGAACAUGAGGGAGCCGCAGCUGGCUCCCUCUGGCAGGUUGGGCCGCUGCAGCAGCCUCAAGGCCAGGAGGGCCCCGGUGAGCCCAGAGGCGGCCCAGCCCCAGCCUCUGGAGGAGUCUCCACCAAGUGAGCCUGACAGAGGGGAGGCCCUGCAUGUCACCGCAGACCUCACGCUGGAGGACAACCGGCGGAUGAUCAUCAUGGAGAAGGGGCCCCUGCCUGGCCCUGCCACAGGGCUGGAGGCGGCCAGCGGGCAGGGACCGAGCUCUGCAGCCGCCCAGACGGGGAAGGACCAGGAGUUGCAGGAGUCUGCAGAGUAUCGGCCUAAGGAAGAGGGUUCCAGGGAUCCAGCGGACCAAAGCCAGCAGGGCAGAGUGCGGAACCUGAGGGAGAAAUUCCAGGCCUUGAACUCCACAGGCUGACUCUGAGUCCUGGGGUAGGGAGCAGCCGGGCUGAGGGGUAGGGAGGAACCAGCGCCCGCAGCUGGGCUCACCUUGGCUCACCUUGCUCACUUCACCCCCUUCCCGGCCCUCAGAAAGGCCGCCCCUGGGAGAGCACCUGCCGUGGACCGGGACUUGCCGGCAACUUGACAUAGGCCCAUACGAGCCCCUUCCCCUGUGAGGCCUGUGUGGCCACUUUCCUUGUAUAUAGUUCUGGUAAGAAGCCAGAUAUUUAAACUCAUCUCUUCCCAGGGAGAGCAAGCCCAGCUCAGGCCUCCAGCGUUGCCUGGCCACUGCCAGACCCAGGGCCCACCCAGGGGACACAUAGGAAGCUGGCCUGGGGAGGCUUUGCUCUUUAACUGUGCCUUUUCUUAGGAUCCAGGCAGGCACGUGGCCCAUAAUUUAUUGCUUUCCAUCCUGUGGUAUGUUAGUGUUCUCGUGCGCACGUGCGUGUAUGCGUGUGUGUGUGUGUAUGUGUGUGGCUUCUCCCCUCCCAGGAAAAAUGUCAUGGACUCUAUUCAGGUACUUUUGUGUGUUGUCUUGCUGGCCCUGUGGUUGUCGCUAAUGUACACACAUUUCAUUAUUUGCCAAUGGUGUAAUAACCACUGCUGACCAACCAA